UGCUGUUGUCGAUUUGUUUUGAUUAUCCGAUAAUGUAAAAAUGUUUCUUUCGUCCCUACAGUCAAUCCGUUUUUAUUUUGCGCGUUAUUGUAUAUGCCGCUUGUUUUAACCCGUCGCCGUUUCGCGUUGGAGUGGCGACCGUUGCCGUGAUUUCGACGUAUGUCAUCUUGUCGCCAUGUGAUGUAUCUUCGGUAAAAAGCUCUACAGAACGGAUAGCGUCGCCCCCUCCCUACAUCCCGGCGGCUACCCUGUCUUCGGAUUAUUAUGCGUUUUGGAUCGACAAAAGCUGUAAACCCAAAUCAAAUUAUUAGGUAAUGGAUGAUAAAUUAAAAAUGUCUAAAACUUCAGUUGAUAAACCUGAUGAAAUGGACAUGGAUGAUGAUCCAUGUUCUGAAGAGGAUGUUGAUAAUGGUGCUACAUUAUUAGAUGAAGAUGAUGACGAAGACGAUGAUGAUGAUGAUGAAGAUGAUGAUGAUAAUGAAGACAUGGACGAUGAUCCAGAUUAUCAAGAAGAAGAUGAUUCACGAGUAUCUACAGGAGCUGCUGUUUCAGUUGAUGAGACCUCUUCUAAUCCGACUGCUAUGGAUGUUCGCACUAAAGCAGAUGAAGGUCAUUUCGAAGAGACUCCAUCAUGUUCACCUGCUAGAAGUACAGCAACAGCACUGACAUCUUAUGAAAAUCCAUCAUUACAAAUGAAAAAAUUCAAUUUAAAAAUUAAACGUUGGAAAAGAGAGGAUACAGAAGGAAAAUCUCCAUCUGUUUCUCGACCAGAGGAACUCGGAACUCCUACGCCAUCAUCGGCAGAUCCUACUGUAGAUGAUAGAUGCUUAUUGUAUCAAGAAAGUUGGCCAGGAAAAAUAUGUGCAUUUUGUAACUUGGGAGAGAGAAGUCAGCUUGGACAAGGAUCAUUUUUAAGACUUGAAUGGGAAAAUGAUUUUAAAACAACGUUGGAAGACUUCACAAAACAACUAGCAAGUAAACAACUAACUCCAAUGCCAUUACAGUCUCCAACUGCGGAAAUGGCACCCAUUAUUCAGUAUAGGAGACAAAAGUCUGCUGCCAAAUUCAAACAACAAUUUUCAACAAGCAGUUUCGAACCUGUAGAUGAGCUUAGUGUUAUUGGACAUUUGGAUGUCCCCGAUCUAAAUACAUUAUUUGAACCAUCUGAGUCAACUGGUGGUUAUGUAUAUGUGCAUCACUUUUGCGCUACUUGGACUCAGGGAGUGAAGUGUGAUACAGCUGACUCUUUAGAAAAUGUUCCUGAACUUAUUUUAGAGAGUUUAAUGCGACGUUGUUCUUAUUGUGGACAUUUGGGCGCAAGUGCUCCAUGUACUUACACAAAUUGUUUGAAAUUCUUUCAUUAUCCUUGUAUUUUUGCCUCGGCUUCAUUCCAAGAAAUGAGUGUACCAGCUCUAAUUUGCAGCUCUCACCUUGACCAUGUUCCUCUUAUGGAACUAUCUGCAAAUGUUGCCUGUGGUAUUUGCGCAACGCUUGGUGAUGUAACAAAUCUUAUGAUGUGCACAUCAUGUGGUAACCAUUUUCAUGGUGUCUGUAUUGGAUUAGCUCUACUUCCAGGAGUAAGAGCUGGAUGGCAAUGUGGUAACUGUAGGACGUGUCAAGUUUGUCGGCAACCAGCUGAACAAACUAAGGUUAUGUUGUGUGAAGGAUGUGACAAAGCGUAUCAUCCUGGAUGUUUAAGACCUCAAGUGACAACUAUACCAAAAAUUGGUUGGAAGUGCAAAUGUUGUCGGAUAUGCACUGACUGUGGAUCUCGUACACCGGGUGCAGGACUAUCCUCUCGAUGGCAUGCUCAUUACACAGUGUGUGAUUCCUGUUAUCAACAGCGAAAUAAAGGGUCUUCAUGUCCAUUGUGUCAUCGAGCUUAUAGGGCUGCUGCACAUCGAGAAAUGGUUCAAUGCAUAGAUUGUAGAAAAUAUAUCCAUGGUGCUUGUGAUCCUGAGGCCGAAUAUAUAACUAGUCAUAGCAAAAGUUCAGCUUCUGACUAUAGAUGUCCAAUAUGCAAAAAUGCUGGUCAACGAAGGCGUGAUGCUUUUGAUGAAUUUGGAGAUUCAAACAGUUCAAUGGAUGUUUUUCAGUUACCUGAUGAUCAUGAUUCAGAGUUUAAGUGCAAUAAAGAUUUUGAGGAUGGCCGUAUGGGUGGUUUUGGUUUGGGUAAAGGAAAACCAUAUGCUGCAAGUAAGAUAGCUAAAAAGCGUUUGUUACAUUCAGCCCAUGCUGGCCGUUCUAAAGGAUUGGGUAAACUAAAUGCUGCACUAAAGCCCAUGUAUCAGAAAAAAGGACAACGUCAAGUUGAUUUUCCCAGAAAGAGACCUCGUGGUAGAAUGCGAGGUAUUUUUGGUGUGCCUGGUCUUGGAUUACAAAGACCAUUAACUGACAUGAGCUCUAAAAAUUCAUCAAAUGAAAUUGAUUUUAAUAAUGAAAACCGCAUAGUUUUGUGUUCUGCCAAAGAUAAAUUUGUGCUUGGUCAAGAUAUUUGUGUCAUGUGUGGAUCGUUGGGUACAGAUCAAGAAGCCUGUCUUAUUUCAUGUUCUCAAUGUGGUCAGUGUUAUCACCCAUUCUGUGUAAACGUUAAAAUAACAAAAGUGAUUCUACAAAAAGGAUGGAGAUGUUUGGAUUGUACCAUAUGUGAAGGAUGUGGGCAACGGAAUGAUGAAUCUAGAUUAAUACUAUGCGACGAAUGUGAUAUUUCAUAUCAUAUUUAUUGCACUGACCCUAAACUUGACUAUGUUCCUAGAGGGACGUGGAAAUGCAAAUGGUGUGCACAAUGUUUGACUUGUGGUUCGAAUGACCCUGGGUUUAACUGUACUUGGCUCAAUAACUACACAGAAUGUGGGCCUUGUGCUUCUCGGAGUGUUUGUCCGUCUUGUCAAGAAACAUACAAUGAAAAUCAAUUAAUUAUCAAGUGUUAUCAAUGUGACAGAUGGCUCCAUGGAAAAUGUGAUAAAAUUGAAAACGAAGAUGAAGCAGAAAAAUGUGCUGAAGAUAGCUAUACAUGUCUAUUAUGUCGUCCUCGGGGAACUGCACCACCACAUUUAUACAGGAUUUCUAGUCCUAAAACUAAACAGAAGGCGUCGUCACGUGAUAAUAGUCCAGAUGGAUCUAGAGGAACAGUAAAUGAACACUUUAUGGAUGGUGUUUAUUUGUCUGAAUCUGGGAUUCAACAUAUGAAGUGUCUCACCAGUGGAAUAGAAAUAUGUCAUCAACGUAAAAAGAGAAAAGAUUGGAGAAAAGCACAAUCAGACAAAGAAGCUGCUAUAAUGGCUGCAAUCGAAUCUGUCGUGUGCAGUAGUAGAGAUACAAUUAAUGAUUCUAUGGAUCAAGGAGACGAUGCUUAUAAAAUGGAUUUCGAUGACAUGAAAGAAGAACCAAGUGAGCCUGAACCAAUUUACAAAGAAGGUAUGGUAAUACAACCACGAGAAGACGGCCGACCCCCAGAGCCCCCAGAAGGCUUCAGUAUUUUAACAUUAGAUUCGGGUGUGAUGGUUUUACGUCGUAAACGAGUUCGUAACCUCCAGAAGUUGGGAAUUGGUGGAUUUGUUGUUAGGGGUCGUAUGCCUAGAUCUAAGGAUAAAGAUGAAGAGAAUACACAAGAUGGUGAUGAAGAAAAUAAACCAAGAAGAAAGCCAAAUAGAUGGAAGAAGCCAAAAAGUAAAAUUGCUGAAAACUACCCAAAUUAUAUACAGGAUGCGUUUUUUGGUCGAGAUUUGUUAGAUGCAUGCAGUAUUGCUGCACAGAUAUUAGACAGUAGCGAAUCAGAAGAAGUAGAAAAUAAUGAAGAAGAUAAAAAAACAAUUGAAUUAUCUCAGGCUGAGCUAAAAAUCAUGGAAGAUGUUAAGGCAAAACAAAAAUCAAAACAAGAAGUAACUAAAAAUUGCUUGGAAAUUAAAGAAGAAAUAGUUGAGCAAAACGAACCACCUAAAGUUGUUGAAAAAAAAAAUGAGAUAAUAACUUCUAAUGACCAAGAUACAUUAAAAGAUAUUUUGUUGUCCGAUAAUUUGUUGGAUUCUAUAAUGAAUGAACAGAACAAUAGUAUUAAAACAGAAAUGGAAGAUGCUGGUUUAGUGGUACAAGCAUCUCACCUAAACGAGGAAAGUUCUUCUGCUCAGAAAGAUGAAUUUAAUGAAAUUUUGGGCUCUCAUUUCAAUUUAGACUCUAUGGUCAGAGAAACUGGUUUGCCUAAUAUGGAUAGUAAAGAUGUUGAAGAAAUAUUCAAAGUUGUUUUAACUGAUGAUGCCUCUCAAGAAUCUCAAGAUCCUAGCAAUUCUAAUAUGUUGUUAAUGGGCAACAAUAAUAUAAGUGCACUAUCACAACCCCAAAAUAGUAUUGGUUUAGUUCAAACUCAAAAUCCAAAUCCAAAUCAUGCACCUAUCAUGUCACCAUCACGUUCAGGUUUACCAGCUGGCAUGUCCCGUGGUAAAGUUCCAGCUCCAGCACUACCCCCUGUAGUUACCAAUAUACCAUCUUCUCCUAUUUAUACACCAGGGAUGUCUCCGUAUCAUUCUGAAUAUAGCAAUAGUCCAUCUCAAUUCAGUCCAGCAUUUUCUGAACCCCAUAGUCCUUGGGUUCAAAACAGUGGAGGUGAAGACAGCCUAGAAGGUGUUGGAUCACAGUCAUCAGCUAUAAAUAAUAAUCAAAGGAACUCACAAAAAAUGGAAGCUGAUGAAGCACUUGGUUCUAAAGCCUCUAUUUCUGCUGUAUUAUAUGCAAAUCUUACUCAUCCAGAAUGGAAAAAAGAAUUCCCUUCUUGGCCAGAAAGAUCAAGACAGAUAUUAAAAAAGUGGAGAACAUUAACGCCAGAACAAAAAGCUCCAUUCUUAUUAAAAGCCCGUGAAAAUCGUACUAAUCUUAGACACAAGAAAGCGCAACAGACCGUGAAGGAUGACAGUGCCAGUAGCGACAAUCGGACCAGCUCAACGUCCAGUGCAACCCAGAGUCCAACAAUUAACAGUGGAGAGGUGUGUCCCACUAAAGAACUGAUGCAACCCGCAAUACUAAUCGCCGCUGGUGAUGGUCAUACUAACUCGCAAUCUCCUCCUCAGUCUAAUGAUCCUGAGCCUGAACCCCAACCUGAACCCCAAACCAAAACCCAAUCUCAACCUCAACCUCAAUCCCAACCACAACCGCAACCACAACCACAACCCCAUCCUCAAACACAGCCUCAACCUGAACCUGAACCUAAUCCUCCACAACAAACAUUUCCUACGACUAUUCCUACUCAUCCAUCAACAAUACAGUAUAUACCAGUUAUACCAAAUCCACCAUCUCCUAAUCCUGUAAAUUUACGCACUAUACAUAUAAUUCCUACUGAGAAAAACCCAUCUGAACAAAUCCAAUAUCAAUAUGUGGCAUCAGGUUCAUCAGAAAGAGGGACUCUGCAUUAUCCUCCAAAUAGUAUACAUAUAAUACAAACAGUUCCUUCUUUAAUAAUGUCUAACUCAAUCAUAGCUACAUUAGAUGCCAAAAAUCAAAAUGAUACACGUAAUAAUCUAUUGCAUAUAAUCACAUCACAACCAACUGGUACUAUAAGAAACGUUCAGUUGGUACGAAAUGAUUCAUCAUCGGCAGGCACUGAGGGUUCUAAAACUAAUAUUACCGCUACCAGUACUAAUAAUUCGGUCAGCACUUCACCUCCGCUGUCUGACCAACAAAUACGUGUACUAACACCGUCCGAGAUAAUGCGCACACUCCCGUCCCUUGGCCAAGAGACCUAUGACCCUGUGGAUCAAGAUAAAAUGAUAUCUCAACAAAGAUCAAGGGAAGCUGAAAAUGAACGUCAAUGGAAACAUUUGCAAGCAAUGCGACAGCAACAGGCUCAAGCAGCUCAACAACAGCAAGUAGUACAAGAUCCACGAGGUCAAGUUUAUCAAAGAUUACCAGUACAGCAAAGAAAUUUAUCUAUUGACACUAAUCAAUUUGCUAAUUCUGAUCAACAAGUUCUAGUUCAUUCAUCACAUUUAGCUACUCAACUACAAGUGUCUACGAAUCAGGAUGGUUCACUUACACCUCUGCAGAGUCCAGGUAGUGCGAGUUCACAACAACAAUCCAGGUCUCCAUAUCCUUCACCUGUUUUAAAAGUGACUCGAGUUGUAAGUCCGGCAUCAGCAUCACCUUCACCACAGUAUACUCGUGCUCAACCAACGCAAGGUGCAACUGAUUUAUUUAGUCCACCAAUAUCAACACCUUCUGUUGGUCAGCAACAGAGAAAUAUUCAUUUCAAUCCUACAUCACCACGUGGUCGUGAAGAUGUGUUUUCAUCGCCUCAAGCUAACCAAGAAAUGACUAGACAUCUAAGAGAAUUGCUUCAACGUCAGCAGUUCAAAAAAGAUAUUCCUGCUGAUCAGCGAAUGUGGAAUUCAGAAGAAUCUCAAAAUCAAGAUAUUAAUACACAAAAUGUUCAAAGUCAAGAAUUUGAUAAUACGCCACCCACGUCUGGACCUACUUUCCGGCAACCAUUACCUCCAAGUGCUGUUAAAACUCAGCGAAUGCCUUUCCAGCAAAUAGGUGCUCCAAAUGCACAAAUGGUCAUAAGACAUCGUAUUACAGACCAAAAAUAUCAUACGGAUCCUCGUUUUCGAUUGUUAAUUCAACAACAACGAUCUGCAACGCCAGGAUCUGUGAUCAGCAAUAACAUGAAUGCUGCUCAUUUUAGUGGAGGUGGUAUUAAAAGUCCAAUUACACAACAGGCAUUAACUCAACAGAAUCCUAGGCCUUAUGAAGUAAUACAGCAUUCACAACAUCAACACACAGCAGCAGCAGCAGCAGCAGCAGCAACAACAAUUACAACAACAACAACAACAUCAGCAUUUUUCAGAUGUGUCACUAAUUUUUUUUCAUUAAAAGAUACUAGCGAAAAUAACAUGGAUCAAAAAUAUGCUCCUAUCAGUGAUGUUUCAUCAGUUAUAUGCGAUCCAAGUUCAUUGCCACAGAACAUAGUUAAUCAAAAUACUGCAUCUAUUGGUAGAAAUAACGAUGUUCUGCAGCAGCAAACUCAACAAAACUCAAUAAAAUGUGCUGACAAUAUAGAUUCUAGAAAUGAAGACAUGCCUGAUAACGUAACCGAUGAGUUAGAAAAAUUACAAGAAGGUGACAGUCAUAAUAUUGGCGAAGUUGAUGGCGUGCUGGGCGAUUUAGAUGAUGACGACGAACUGCUAGCUGAAAUGGGUGCUGAUUUUAAUAUACUUGAGUAUGCUGAUCCUGAGUUGGACAAUUUGGAUUGUGGUAAUAAAACAAACAUAUUGUAUGAUCUUGUUGAUGAUGAAGAAUCCAAUAAAAGUACACAUAAUAAACCAGUGUCAAAUGACAAGUCUUCUGGUGAAACUGAUAUUAAAUCUAAAGAAGAUUCAGAUGAUUUACAGAGAUUAGGAAGUUUAAAUGAUCAAAAAGAUGAUAAUAAUGUGCCUCAGGCUUUAGGUAUUGAAAGGUUGGAACAAGAAAUAACACCAAAAAUAGAAAAUUCAGCAAACAUUAAUACACAUAUUGUUCAAAAUCAAAGUAAUCAACUUAGUAAUGUGAUGCAAAAUAGAGAAAAUAAUAUGAACUUCAUGGCUAACUUUUCGGGUAACAAUAAUCAUUCAUUACCAAAAAUGACAACUAUUGGUACAGUCUCUGUACCACAACAUCAUCAACAGCAGCAGCAACAGCAACAACAACAACAACAACAACAACAACAACAACAACAACAACAGCAACAGCGUCUAAUUCAAAUGCAACGUACAAUGGUUCCAAAUCGAAUGAUGGGUGUUUCAUCACAAAUUAUACCACAAGGAGCUGUUCAACAAGUUCAAACACGUCAACUAGCCCCACCUCCGCCGUAUCCGGGCCCUCCUCCACCAUAUCCUGGACACAAUCAGGAACAGCCAUUGCUUUUGGAAGAUUUGUUAGAGCAAGAGAAACGAGAACAAGAAAAACGACAGCAUACUGAUUCAACUGGUGUUCCCGGUAAUGUUUCAUCUGCGGGCUCUUCACUGCCUGCCCUGAUGAGUGAUGAUGAUUUUGAACUACUGCGGGCUGAUGUUAUGAAUUCAUCAACUAGUGGUAAUGCAAUAGCAUCUCCACCUAUUCAGCAAGUUGGUUCAGGAGUUAUACAACAACAAGUUGGUGAUCAAAUGCACAUUCAGCAGAGACAAACAUUUGUGCAAAGACCUAUAUCUCAACCAGUUCAAAACUGGGCUCAACCUCAGCAAAUGCCUUGUCAAUCACCAAUAAGACAGCAAUUUGCAGAACAACCCUUAAAAGUUCCAAUAUUUAAUAUUCCAUUAUUGACACCACCACCUCCACCACCUGAUGUAAUAACUACAGAACAAGAACGUCAAUUGCAGCAUACAUAUGAAGUGUGGCUUAAUGAACAGAAUAAUGUUGUAACCAAACAGUUAAAACAUUAUGAAAGUGAAGUUCAGAAAUUACGAAAAAUGAGGAAGAGUAUGAAUAGUAAACAAAGAGUAGCUAGGAAACAAGGCAAUGAGUUAUCAGAUCAUGAUACAAUUGAACUUCAACGAAUAACUGCUGAACAACAAGUUUUACAAAAGUUGUUGGAGACCAGCCGUAAACAAAACAAACAGCAUAUGGCUAUUAUUCAGGAAUAUAAAAAUAAACAUAGGCCUACACCUGCAGAGAAUCCACAAUCUCCUAGUGUAAUGAUGUCACCAAAUUCUGUUGGUCCAAUGCAUCAUCAACAAAACUCUAUGUCUCCACACAAUAGUAUUUCAACACCAUUAUCAUCUCAGACUGAAGAAAAUCCAUUUAGUCCAAACAAUUCACAAUCUUUGCCAUCCCCUAGACCUGGUUUGCCUCCACAGCUACGAAAUCCUGGGCAGUCUAGUCCACGACCACCAAAUUCAAGUCCUAAUACUACAGAUCAAUUGUCCAGGCAUCCGGGUAUAACACCUAUACAAUUUGUGCGUUCUCCAGAUGGUUUAACGCUAAGAGCGCGCCCAACUCUAGUGUCUCUGCAAAGUCAUAUGCCAUCUGUAAAUACUUCUAAUACUUUCCAAAACUCGAAGGUAGUUACAAACGUGUCUAUAAGUCAAGGUUCUCAGGCGCAACAGCCCCAACCUCGUUUAACUUUCCAGCAAUUAACUCCACAACAACAACAGUUAAUUUUACAUAGGAAACUUACUCAAAAGGCCAUACUUAUAUCUCAGCAACAGCAACAGCUCAGUAACUCAGCUAACCAAGAUCCAGCAGCUGUACAACAAAAACAGUUACAGUUAGCGCAACAAAGGCAAGUGUUACUGCAGCAAAUAGAACAAAUUCAAAAACAAAUAAAUGACGGCCAAAAUCAGCAGCAGAGACAAAUACUUGUUCAACAAACUAUAUCGGGUAAUCAAGAAGGCAAAACAGAAUUGACACCACAACAAAGGCAUCAAAUUGUUAUACAAAGACAAAACAUUAUACUCCAACAACAACAACAAUUUCAACAGUUACAGCAACAAAAUAUUUCCCAACAACAAAACAUUUCACAACAACAACAAAUUAUUCAGUCUCAAAAUAAUCAGAAUCAACUGCAAAUGCAGCCUCAAAAUAAUCAAAGUCCAAUUCAAAUACAACAACAGCAGCAGCAGUCACAACAAGUUCAACAACAGCAUUUGCUACCACAACAACAAGUUCAGCAGCAGUCACAACAAGUUCAACAACAAGUUCAGCAGCAACCACCGCAAUCGCAACAAAUUCAACAGCAACAACAUCAUCAAUCUCAACAAAUCCAACAACAACAGUCGCAACAAAUUCAACAACAGCAAUCACAACAAAUUCAACAACAACAAUCGCAACAAAUUCAACAACAACAAUCUCAACAAAUUCAACAGCAACAAUCACAACAAAUUCAACAGCAACAACUUCAACAACAACAACAAGUUCAACAACAGCAACAAAAUCAAGGACAGACUAAUAUGACACAACAGCAAAAGUUAUUCCAACAUCAGCAACUACAGAUACAAUUAGCUAAGCAACAGCACAUUAUGGCCCAUCACAAUGCUCAAAUUCAACAGAAAUUAGAACAACGUUCUCCCCAACAACAGAAUAUGAUGCAAACUCAGUUAUCACCACAGCAACAACCAGUAAUAUUGCAACAACAAUCUCAACAAGUUAACAAGCAAGAGCCGGGUGAAAUUAUUAAUCCCAAUAUUUUAAGACAGCAGCAACAGCAACAAAUGUUGUUGCAACGACAGCAGCAAUCAAGGUUUCUUCAACAACAGCUUCUAUCACAAGGCAAAAAUACCAGGCAAAUGGUACAACCUCAGCAACAAUCUCCAAUUCCUCCACCUCAAAGCCCUAAUCAACCUCCUCUGUCACCAAUGCUACCGCAAAGUCCUAUUUCAAAUAAUCAGCAGUAUUGUCAACCUAAUAGUCCUAUGUUAUCGGCACAGUCGCCAAUGUUGUCACAAAGUCCUCAACAAUUUUCACAACCCGUGCAGUCUCCCAAUCCUUCGCAAUUUACACCAAACUCACCAAUGCCAUCACAAAGUCCAAGGCAACAAUCUCAGUUCAUUCAACCAACGUCGCCCCUGAUGCCACAAAGCCCAAUGAUUCAAGGGUAUACACAUCCACCUGCAACUUCACCAUUCGGGCAACCUCCACCAAGUUCGCCAAGUCCAAGGCCGUCGCAAAGUCCAAGAAACAAUCUAGGACCACCAAGCUCACCAAUGAGUCCUAUGCAACAAAAUCCGUACAUAAGACCAACAACUAGUCCAAUGCCAGGUAGAAGAACAAAUGUAGGUAGUAGCCCGUUAAUGUCUGAUCAGCAACAACAAGAGCACCGGGAAGAUAACAAUGUACCUCCUGAAGGAUAUCAGUAUAAUAAAUUAGGGCUUCGGGGAGGUAGUCGUAACUUCAUACCACCUAAAGGAUAUCGUUAUUCGAAACAAGGUCUGAAAGGUGGAGUACCAAUGUGGAGUACAGGGAGGCAAUUUGUUAAUAAAGAUACAAAAGAUGAAGUCACGAGGAGUGUAUUCAAAAGCAACGAUAUGCCAUUAAGUGCAAUACCAGUUUCAAAGGUGUCAUCGUUAGUAUCAUUGGAGUAUGGUGAUUCAGACGAUGAAGGAUCAAGAACUCCUCCUGUUACUUCUCCUCCGCCUCCCCCGUUACAGAUAUCCAAACAAAAAGAAGCUCCAGAAGGUAUAAACACCGAUCCAAUGAUAAUCUCAACUUCGCCAAAGACUAACGAAGACUCUCGAAACCUACCAGUUUAUAAAGACGUUAAUUUAUUGGAAAACUGUAAAAAAGACAGUACUGAAUUAGCAGAUUUACAAAUGAUAUCGACAAUACACAUGAAUAUGGAUCCAGGGCAGAUAUCGUUGAAUUCAAGCAGAGUUGGUGAAGAGCUAUUAGAUAUAGAUAAAGAAAUUAAUUCUCCGAAUCUAUUGCUAAAUGAAAACGAUGAUAGUAUACUCGGUGGUCUUCCCAAUGACGAAACUUCAGAAAUGAACAGGCUGAUGUUUUUUGAUGAGCUCGGUGAUAGUAUUAAAAGUGAUCAAGAGGAAAAGAGUGGUUCGCCUGAGAAACCAGUUUUUAAUUUAGAUAAGCUACUAAAUGAUCCCGAACCACUUGUUGGUCAACAAGAGGAAACAAAGAAAACUGAAGUUGGGAAAAAACAAAACGCUAAAGAGUCUGAAAAUGAAAUAGAGGAAAAAAUAAGCAAUCUUAAUCCAAGUUAUUCAUUCCAUUCUUAUGCAAAAGUUCCAAAAUCAGCACCAUCAUCUUUUGUGUCGACUCAGGAAACACCGGGAAUAAUACCGGCAUCAUCACCUACACAAAAGAAAGAAAAUCAUGUUUUGUCCUUACUAAAGGCCGAUCAGUCAGAUGAUUUGAAAAAAGUCACAGAUUUACUUAAAUCUCAUGCAUCUGCUCAAAAUAAAAAUAUUAUUAUUUUAAAUCAUUCAGACUCUAUAAAAGAUCCUCAGAUCAAACAAAACUUGUUGUUAGCCAAGUCGGAAAAUCUUAAAAGUUCAGAUUUGGCACAAAUAUUGAGUAAUAUUAUGUCACCAAAACAAAAAGAAGGUUUCAUUAAAAUUGAGACAACAAAGUCAGAUGAUAACACAAAACAUUCAACAAUUGUUUUACCAGCCCGUACUACAUCUGUUGUGCAGAGUUCUUCACAAAACUUUCCUUGGGAGUCAAUAACAUCUUUCACGACAGCAGCAUCUUCAACGCUGGCUAAAUCAAUUCAAGUUGUAUCUAAACCUGACGAUAAAGAACCAAAGACAUUUUCUCAGAUACCAUCAGUGACAAGUGUACAAAAACAACAGGAUGCUCGCACCUCGAAACUGGUUGAAGAUUCUCAGAACGUACUAUUAAAACAACUUCUUCAAAACACAGCUUGUGCAAAUCAAACGACCACGACUAAUGCUAUUAGUUUACCAAUUGUACCCUCGCUGGAGGCCCAACUGGCCAGACCGGUAUCUCCAACACCUCCUUUAUUGUUUCCGUCUUUACUUUCGCCAAAAAAAGAAGAAGGAGUUGACAAGCAAUCUCAAGUUGUAAAAUCAAAAUCAGAAUCCCCAAAACCUAUAGUUGUUAAACAGCGAUCAGAAGUUCAAACACCUGUUUCCCAAACACCUCCUUCGCCGAAACUACCACAAAAGGCUCAGUCUCAAUCUCAGACUCAGUUACAGCAACAGCCGCAAACACAAUCGCAGCAACUAGCACAAACACAGUUACAGCAACAGCCGCAGACACAAUCUCAAUCACAACCACAAAUUCAGUUACAAUCUCAAUCACCACCACAAAUUCAGUUACAACCUCAAUCACAACCACAAAUUCAGUUACAACCUCAAUCACAACCACAAUCUCAAUUACAACCUCAGUCUUCACAAACACAAGCCCCAUUGCAAACACAAACUCCAUUGCAAACGCAACAACAGCUGCAAACACAACCUCAGCUACAAAAGCAACCUCAACUGCAUACACCACCUCAGUUACAAAAGCAACAGCAAUUACAAACACAACCACUGUCGUCUCAGACCAAGGUUCAGUUACAGACACAACCUCAGUCGCAAUCACAGGCACAACCACAGCCACAAUUACAAGUACAGGCUCAGGCUCCAGUUAAACCUCUAUCACAACCUCAAACACAAGGCCAAUCGCUGUCGUCUCGAACACUUGCUACAUCAGAUUCAAUUAUGGAGUCAAUAAAUGCGGCAAUUAAGCAAGAGAGAUUCGAUGAAGAAAAUAAAAACGAAAAGGCUGGUUAUAGUCCUGAGAGAGACAUUAAGAGAGAAAUCAUGUCUUCUGACGAGUUGGUGUCUCCACAAAACUCAACAAGAGUAGUGGAUCCUGCUGACUCGGGGAACUCGAUGAAUAUGUCAAUCGACGCAAUGAAUAUGGAUCCUCAAGAUCAAAAACGAAUGAAACGCAGACAAUAUUAUGCAAAACGCAGGCAAAGUCAAGGCAAAGAUGUAAACUCUACAAUGAUUCCGAAAAAACGUCAGAGAAAGGGCUCAAAACCUGAUGAAGAUUAUGACUCAUUUAUUGAUGCCCUUAUGGCACAGUUACGUCAACUUCAGCCUAUGAAUGUUAUUGAACCAUCAUUAAAUCAAAAUUUGACUGCUUGCCCUGUUUUUGGCAUGGGCGAUGUAGCUUCUCAGCACAAUUUUAAAAAUGGAGAUUUAAAGGGUGAUGUAGGCUCGUGUGUACUACCGGGUGACAGUGAUUAUUAUAACACACGACCGUUUGGUGAUUUAGAACCGGUUUCACCAUUACCUCAACCAUCUACUCAGAGAGGAUUUUAUAGUGAAGAAUUUGUUCCUCUUAAAUUUGAGUCAGACAACGAAGAUAAGAAGUUUGAAGUUGGCAGAGAUCGUGACGACACUCCCGACACUAUUAUGAGCUCGUCGUCACCUGAAUUGGCAGCAUGUGAAACUCCAACUCACUUUCCUGGUCUGAAAAGUUUUGACGAUGAUAGUAAUUCGAACGAUGUGCUAUUGAAUUUUACUCGACAUAUGUCUCCAGUUCAUCAUCUCAUUGCUCCAUUAGCUUUGAAACCUCGACCAAACUACAAAUUUAGCAUGGAGGAUGAUAAGGAAAAUCAAGGAGCUAGACCCAGUAUGUUAACCCAAGUGGGUAAAACGCCUCCACGGACAUCACCCGCUCUGCCUCUUCGAGAUUCUAAUACUAUGACAGUAACAUUAACGAUAACAUCGGAAGCAGCUGAUGACAUAAUAGGAGUUCUUCGAGGCCUAGCAAACUUACUCGAUUUGCCUGAUAUAACCAAUUACAAAGUUUCCGAACGAAGUGUUACGCCUAUGUCGCAUAAGUUGGGACUCUAUAGAUCUAAAACUAAAGAUGGCAAAGAAGGAGCCUCGAUCGACAUUCAAACUAUACUAAAUGGUUUCGCUAAGUUUUGUCGCCAUUGCGAUUUAGUCAUAUUAAAUAAUUUAGUCAAGAAGAAAGCGAGUGAAAUUCCAUUUUUAACUUCCGAAGAAUGUACAGAUGAAAUAUUUUUCUGUAGUACUUUGUGUUUCCAAACGUUUGCGUCAUUGUUACACCCUCCUGCAGAAUCUAAGAAUAAGGCCACGACUAAUGUAAGUCAUCUAUCAGAGGGUUCUCCACCAAAACGUUUAAAACCGGAUGAAGAUGACAAUCUAUCAAAUAAAACUGAAAUUGUUGUAAAAAUGGAUGUUGACGAACCCUUACUGAAAGAAGAUGAAAUUAAAAACGAAAUGGUGACCGAAGAAGCAAAGUCAUUACAUAAAGACAUUGUAUACCGAUAUUGGAGUGCUAAUAGUCUUCCACCCCCACUCACUAAGCAUAAGAAAACCACCGAAAAAGAAUUAAUGGAAAUGCUGUUUCGCAUGGGUAUCACUGUAAUGUCUCCAAAGCAACCAGAAGAUAAGCGGAAGUGCUUGUUUUGCCAUCAGUUUAGUGAUGGUGUGUCUGAUGGACCGUCUAGAUUGUUGAAUUUCGAUGUGGAUAAAUGGGUACAUUUAAAUUGUGCCUUGUGGUCUGAUGAAGUUUAUGAGACCAUUAACGGCGCUUUAAUGAAAGUCGAUAUUGCUUUACGACAGUCGCUCAGCAUUGAAUGUAUAGUGUGUCAACAGCCUGGAGCAACACUAAAAUGCUAUAAACAUCGUUGUUCAUCAAAUUAUCAUCUGCCUUGUGCUGUUAAAGAUGAUGCCGUAUUCUAUAAAAAUAAAACUUUAUAUUGUAGCGGGCAUGCUCCUAAAAGUGAUAAAGAUAAUGAGUUGACCACCUUGUCUGUACAUCGUCGAGUGUACAUCGACAGAGACGAGAACCGUCAGGUUGCUGCAGUAAUGCACCAUUCUAGUUCUCAUCAGUUCUUGAUUCGAGUUGGCAGUUUGACACUUCUCAAUAUCGGUCAGCUAUUACCUCAUCAACUAAACGCUUUCCAUACAACCACUGCUAUUUAUCCGAUUGGUUUCAAAGUGGUUCGACUUUUUUGGAGUAUGAGAGUUUUAAACAAACGAUGCAAAUAUAUAUGUUCUAUUCAUGAAGUCAAUGGUCGGCCAGAGUUUAGAAUUGUUGUACAGGAAGCCGAUCACGAUGAUUUAGAGCUUAAAGAUUCUAGUCCACGAGCAGUUUGGUCCAGAGUCCUUUCUGCUAUUGCUAGUUUGAGAUCGUCUAAUAACAUAUUAAAACUUCAUCCCCAACAUGUAAGCGGGGACAGCUUAUUUGGUCUUACUGAACCAGCUAUUGUUCGAAUUUUGGAAAGUUUACCAGGCAUCGAAACACUGACUGAUUAUCGAUUCCGUUAUGGACGGAAUCCGCUUUUAGAGCUACCCUUAGCCGUUAAUCCGAGUGGAUGUGCCCGUUGUGAAGGUCGCCGCAGAGUAGUACUACCGGGAAAACUACGAUCUCACAUACCUCGUUCAUUUACUUCUACUCAUAGUUCAUCAUUGCUAAGUCAACUAGAUUUAUCGGCACCUCCUACGUGUCCAUAUUCCAAACAUUUUGUUCAUUCUAAAUCGUCGCAGUACAAAAAAAUGAAGCAGGAGUGGAGGAACAAUGUUUAUUUAGCUAGGUCUAAAAUUCAGGGUUUGGGAUUGUAUGCGGCUCGAGAUUUGGAGAAACACACCAUGGUCAUUGAAUACAUAGGUGAAAUAAUUCGCUCACAGUUGUGCGAUUACCGAGAGAAAUUAUAUGAGGCGAAGAACCGUGGUAUAUACAUGUUCCGAUUGGAUGAUGAUCGCGUGGUCGACGCAACUAUAUCCGGUGGUUUAGCUCGGUAUAUCAAUCAUUCUUGUAACCCUAAUUGCGUAACUGAGAAGGUCGAAGUGGACAGAGAGCUGCGUAUUAUAAUAUUUGCUAAACGAAGAAUCGCUAGGGGCGAAGAGUUGGCGUAUGACUACCAAUUUGAUAUAGAAGACGAUCAACAUAAGAUUCCAUGUAAUUGUGGUGCGCCCAACUGCCGUAAGUGGAUGAAUUAACAUAAUUAUUAUUGCCAUACGAGUAUUUUUACCAAUUUUCUUGUACCAUAUCGUCGCAAUACUUUAAUAAAUAGUCUUAAUAAUUGUUAUGUUAUAAUGUAAUGCGUUUUAAACUGUACACAAUCACUGUGAUAGGAUCAAAUUUUACACAUGAAAUACGCAUGUACAUUUUUUAUUGUACAUAACUUAGACUUUAGUUACAUAAUGAUAUUUUUGUAAUUAUUAUCAGAAUUAUUAUUUACAAAAUGUAUAAAUUUAGAUAUAAAUAAAAUUGUUGUAUAAAUUAUCGUUAAGGAACAACAACAACAAAUAAUGAUCUCUUUACAUGAGACAAGACUUGAUAUCAUAAGUUUCUGUUGGUGUUUAUAAAAAAAAAAAAAUUAUAAUUAGAAAAAAACAAUAUUUGGGUGUUGGUGUAGAAAAAAAAUUGAGUGGGCAUUUUGUUUACCUACUUUUUUUUAUUGACUCACACAAUCUUAGUCAAUUAUUUUUCUUUAUUCUAUUUCUUUUUUUUUGUUAAAUUAAUAGCCUACUGUUGUUAUUUUUUUUUUUUUAUUCUUCAAAUAUUUAUUUCUUUAACAUUAUAAUUUUAUUUGUUUGUUUUUUGUGUCGUAAAGCUGAAUAACGCAAUAUGUAAUUUAUAAAAAAAAAAUAUUUUUCUACUUAAUUUCAAAAGUGGUUGACCAUUUCCAAGUAAUUGUU